GCUUCCGGGGAUCCCGUGGCUGCCGCUCUCACGACUGCUCCGCCUCCUCUCUCUCUCUCUCUCUCUCUCUCUAUCUCUAUCUCGUUCUCGGCCGUCUCUGCUCGGCACUGGCGACUCCGUCCGCCUUUGCAGCAGUUGAGUUUGGUUGGGCCACUGAAGGUGUUUUAGUGCUAAUCCCCACCAAGGCCUAUUGUAUGCUGGCUGCUCUGUAGAGUUGAGAAUGGAGCAGAGACUGGCUAAUACGUGGCGGUUGACGGUGAACGAGAAGAAGUUCAUUGAGACUGCCCUGCUCUCAGGCCUCCGAACCGAUGGCAGGAAUCUCUACGACUACCGUAAAUUGACUAUCAACUUCGGCAGGGAAGACGGUUCAGCUGAGGUUCACCUUGGACAGACGCGUGUAAUGGGUUUUGUGACUUCCCAGCUAGUUCAGCCCUACCGAGAUAGGCCUAACGAAGGGACCCUUUCGAUCUUCACCGAAUUCUCCCCAAUGGCUGAUCCUUCGUUCGAGCCAGGUCGACCAGGGGAGUCAGCGGUGGAGUUGGGCCGAGUAAUAGAUCGUGGCCUGAGGGAAAGUAGAGCAGUGGAUACAGAAUCUUUAUGUGUAAUCGCUGGGAAGUUAGUAUGGGCCAUCCGCAUAGAUCUCCACAUUCUAGAUAAUGGGGGUAAUCUUGUUGAUGCUGCUAAUAUUGCUGCUUUGGCUGCAUUAUCAACAUUCCGGAGACCUGAAUGCUCAUUAGGAGGAGAAGAUGGUCAAGAAGUAAUAGUCCAUCCACCGGAGGCUAGGGAGCCUCUUCCUCUCACGAUACAUCAUAUUCCUGUAGCAGUAACCUUCGCAUUAUUAAGCAAUGAGAGCAUUGUGGUAUUAGACCCAACCCACCAUGAAGAAGCUGUUAUGGGAGGAAGAAUGACAGCUACUCUAAAUACACAUGGAGACAUUUGUGCUAUACAGAAGGCUGGAGGAGAGGGCGUCCCACAAAGUGUCAUCAUGCAAUGCAUGCGAAUUGCUGCCGCUAAAGCUGCUGAUAUAACAUCCAAGAUAAAGGAUGCUGUGGAAGCAUACAAUACAGAGAGAGCGCUUCGCAAGAUUAAACGCCACUCAGUGCCUAAUGUCAGUGGAGCUGCUGCUAAAGUAGGGGAAAGUAAGAACGUUUCACUUGAUGAGAAGGAUGUUGAUGAUCUCUCGGGGCAUCAGAUGGCUAAAAUUGCUCAACUUAAGCUCAAGGCAGAGGAAAGCAAUGCCCAUCAAAGUGAUAGUGUCGGAGGGAACACCGGAGUGGGAUCAUCUGCGAAAGAAGGAAUUACCAGUAGAGGUGGCAACUCGAAGAAUUUUGUUGGAGGCCCAUCAAGUUGGGAUCCAUACUCCAAGGGUGUUGAUCCAGAUCUCUUGAAAUCUUCUCUCGCAUCACGUGGAGUGUCAGUGACCAGUAAAAAGCAGGAUGACUUAAGCGAGGAGAAGCAGCUCAUCGCUGAGGAUAAAGCACAAGUAGCUCCCAGUGAUAGCAGCCCAGCUUCUUCUGUUAUCGAAUCAUCCAAAAGUGGACCACCGGCUGAGAGGGAGAAGACACUGAAGGAUGCAGUGAAGCCGAAGCACAAGAGGAAAAAGAGGAAUUCCGCUUCCAUAGAUGGAAGCUAGUUUUGCCUUUGCAAUGCAUGACUUCAGAUUUCCAGGUAUUGAAACUUUUGAGAGGGUUUUUGACUGAGUUGUGAAGGCUCGACUUACCUCUCGAUGCCCUUGGGACAUGAGGCGGAAAUGGACACUGGGAAAUUUCUGUGGCGUGGUUUUGCCAGGACUCAUCUUUGAUCCAGGUGACUUUACAACAUGCACGCAAGAUUGUGUGGAACAAUCAUGUGUGCCUUCACACAAGGUAAGUUUGGUUGCUGAAAGGAGAAAUAGUGUUUUUUCUUGAGCACCAUUUCGGGCUUAGGAUAGUGAAGAACGUAGGGUUAGUCGAAACUGAACCGUGCAUUCACUUUUGAAGAUUUUUUUUCUUUUUUAGGUUGAAGAAUAUAUGUCUAGUUAUUUCUUAUCGCUGCUUGUGGCUUUUGGCUCUCUUUCCUCCUGAAGACGUUGAAGCAGACUGUGACUGGAAAUUCUGAACAUGAAAACAUUAUUGGAAUUCAAAUGUGGCUGUGAUACAUGUUUAUCGUAGCA